GGACCGGGGUGGGGGCCGAGGCUGCCAGCCUGGCCCUGGCCUGUCAAGCGGCUCAUUGUUCCUGCCCCGGGUGUCACUGGGCGCCGCCGGGGACAAUGUGGCACUGAGCGGGGUAGCCGGCGGCGGAGGGACGAGGCGCACGGAAAGGCUCAGCUCACCCUCCCGCCAUGGCGUCACCGAAUGGAGCCAGUGGUGUGGGCGGGAGCCCCGAGGAGACAGAGCUCAGCAUCACCCUGACUCUUCGCAUGCUCAUGCACGGCAAGGAGAUUGGCAGCAUCAUCGGCAAGAAAGGAGAGACUGUUAAGAGGAUACGAGAGCAGAGCAGUGCACGCAUCACCAUCUCAGAGGGGUGCUGCCCUGAGCGCAUCACCACCAUCACUGGCUCCACCGAUGCUGUCUUCCGUGCUGUCUCCAUGAUUGCCUUCAAACUGGAGGAGGACCUGGGAGCAGGGAGCGAUGGGCCAGCAGCAGGCAGAGCCCCGGUGACGCUGCGCCUCGUCAUCCCAGCCAGCCAGUGCGGCUCGCUCAUCGGCAAGGCAGGAGCCAAGAUUCGGGAGAUCCGGGAGAGCACAGGGGCACAGGUGCAGGUGGCCGGUGACCUUCUGCCCAACUCCACCGAACGGGCUGUCACAGUCUCAGGGGUGCCAGACACCAUCAUCCAGUGUGUGAGACAGAUCUGCGCCGUCAUCCUGGAGUCGCCUCCGAAGGGGGCCACCAUCCCCUACCACCCUGGCCUCUCCCUGGGCACCAUUCUGCUCUCUGCCAACCAGGGCUUGUCCAUGCAGGGCCAGUACAGUGGAGUCUGUCCUGCCGAGGUGGCGAAGCUGCAGCAGCUGUCAGGGCACACACUCCCCUUUGCCUCCCUGGGCCACACACCCUCCAUGGUGCCAGGCCUGGAUGCCAGCUCCCAGAGCAGCUCUCAGGAGUUUCUGGUGCCCAACGACCUCAUCGGCUGCAUCAUCGGCCGGCACGGCAGCAAGAUCAGCGAGAUCCGGCAGAUGUCAGGAGCCCACAUCAAGAUUGGGAACCAGACCGAGGGCGCCGGUGAGCGGCACGUGACCAUCACAGGGUCCCCUGUCAGCAUCGCCCUGGCUCAGUACCUCAUCACAGCCUGCUUAGAGACGGCCAAAUCUACCUCCCAGGUGCCACCAGGCCCUAGCUCCAUGGACCUCGGCAUGGGUUUCUCCCAACCCCUCGCCCCAGGCUCUGGCGCACAACUGCCUGCUGUACCCCCUCCCCCACCAGCCCUGCUGGGCACCCCUUAUGCCAUCUCCCUCUCCAACUUCAUUGGCCUGAAGCCAAUGUCUUUCCUGGCACUGUCUCCAUCCUCCAUGGCGGGUCCCAACGGCGGAACCACCACCUACACGACCAAGAUCUCGGCAGCCAAUGGCACCAAGAAAGCCGACCGACAGAAGUUUUCACCCUACUGAGCCCCACUGGAGGGUGGGCAAGGGGGUCUAGGGUGCCACUCAGUGCCAGGGACACCUCCCCACUCUCUACCCUGCAACCCAGCCCCAGACAGGUAGCCCAAGUUCAGGGUGGAUCUCUUUGCUUCUCACCCCAGGGAAGAGAAGGGUCUUCCUUGGCAGUGAAGCCCACUGGAGAAAAGGGCUGCUCCGCUGCCUUCUGCCCAUCCUGGCAGUGCUGUGCCCCCCUUCUUGAUUUUCCCUGCACAGGGAACACAUCCCCUGGUACUGAAGAGGUGGCGAGGGAGGCUGUCCCUGCUGGCCCAGGGUCUCUGCUCUCAGUACCCUGUGCUGGGGUGGGACCCUGUGCAGGAAGUGGGCUCCCCGCCCUUCACUCUGCCCAACCUGCGAUGCCCCUGCUCACCCUCCAGCUGCACCCAAAAGCUGAGUCCCACUGGAUGAGGGUCUGCCUGGCCUCUCUGGGGAUCCCCCUUCCCCUGGGUCUGGUGGGGGGCCCUCCCCAGGGCACCUCGGAGCAGUUGCCCAGCAACCCCAUCCAAGAGCCGGUCCCUGCAGGCUUGGAAAUGCUGUAUAUAUAAGUCUAUAUUUUUUCCUCCUUUAUAACUUAUCAACGGUUUAAUAAAAAGAUAAAAUUUACAAGAAAAAACAA